GUUUGAGCAAAAUGUUGCUUUCGGCUGGCAUUGCAUUGAAUCGCGGGAAUCGCCGUGCGUGGACGACUCUUGCUCGCAAAGUGCACUCGAAAGGGUCGAUCAGCCCCAUUGCACCAGGAGCAGCAGCAGCCGCAGCAGCAGCAGCACUCCAGCAGCAGCAGCAGCAGCAGGGCAACCGGGCGCCCGGAAUACUGUUUGACAUUGACGGCGUGCUGAUUCGAGGCAACACGGUGCUGAACGAAGCCAAGGAGGCCUUCCAGAUGCUAUCCAAGCGGCACUUACUCAAGAAUAUCCCAUACAUGUUCGUGACCAAUGGCGGAGGCACAACUGAGGCACACAAGGCGCAUCAGCUCUCGAAAUGGCUGCAUGUUCCGGUUUCGGAAAAGCAAGUUGUGCUUUCACACACGCCAUUGCGAAUGUACGAGCAGUACUUUAACAAGACCGUUUUGCUGAUUGGACAAGGCCCUCUGAAGGAAAUUGCAGCGUCAUAUGGCUUUCAGAAGACCUUGGACCUUGAUGACAUGAGAAAGGCGUUUCCGUUGAUGGACAUUGUCAAUAUGAAGGUGCGGAAGCAGCUCAAGUCGCAUCCGCCAACGCCAAUUCCCGUGCCACCGGUGGAAGCCAUCUUUGUCAUGCACGACCCGUUGGAGUGGGAGUCUUGCCUUCAGGUCUUGAUUGACUUGCUCAUCUCGAAAGACGGCGUUCCAGGAACGCUGGACUCGAAGCAGCACAUUCCCAUCAUCUUUUCCAACGCUGACUUUUUGUGGAUGGCGGAGCAUCCGCAGCCGCGAUUUGGCCAAGGCGCGUUCAGACUCUGCUUGGAGGCACUGUACAAGGAACUCACCGGCAGGGAUCUACUGUACACGCAGCUGGGCAAGCCGUUUGGAGUGACGUACGACUAUGCAGAAAAGCUGCUGAAUGAGCAGGCCCAGAAGCUUGGCUACGAUGGUCUGAGUUACUUUUACAUGGUGGGCGACAAUCCGCGUUCGGACGUUCGCGGUGCCAAUAGCCGGCAGAAUGGCCGCUCCGUGCUUGUGCGCACGGGUGUGUUUUCGCCGCAUCUCGACAAUGAUCCCAGCGAUCCAGCCCACUUUGUGGUUCCGCACGUGCGCGAUGCCGUGCAGCUCGUGAUGCGUCAUUUUGACGAUGGCUUGCACCACCAUGGUGGCUCGGACGAGCUUCACGCCCACUUUGUCCAAAAGUCUCGCACGCGAAGUGAAAAAUAAACGAGUCAAGGUUUUUUGCAACAUGGCGAUUUUACAAAUAAAUUAAUUCGGCA